CCAGUGCAACAUUAACAAAAAACACUUACUGUGCAAAGUUAAGCUGGAAUAUGAGCAACAUUAGAAGAAUUACACACUUCACAUUUAAUAUAAAGUUAUUUAACAUUAUCAACAAAUAAAACAUGGCAACAUUAAACAUCAUGAUGAUUUUUUUUAAUUGCGUUUACAUACCUGUUUUUUCUUUCAGAACUCAGAAGGAAUUAAGGUCAAAUGUUCUAAAUGAGGACCUGAUCUGGACAUGUAAGCUUAAGAGGAUGUUGAGGAACAGGUGUCAGUGCAUUUUGGAGGGGAAUGAAGAGCACAGCAGCCCCUCUCUGCUUGACAACUUCUAUACAGAGCUCUAUAUCACUGAUGUUGGAAGCAGUGAGCACAGCAGGGAACAUGAAAUCAGACAGAUCGAGCUGGCAUCUAAACAUCCAGCCACAAUAGAUGCACCAAUCAAGGCUAACGACAUCUUUAAAGCUUUUCCCGGAUCUACUAAACAAAUCCUAACCGUGCUAACCAAAGGAAUUGCUGGCAUUGGAAAAACAGUGUCCGUGAAAAAGUUCACCCUGGACUGGGUUGAGGAGAGAGCCAACCAGGAUGUCCAGAUGAUAUUUCCACUUCCUUUUCGUGAAAUGAAUGGAUUUAAAGAAAGGAAAAUUAGUCUGAUACACAUUCUUCAGCGCUUCUUCAAUCUAAAAAUAGACGCAGAAGUGUUACAUUCAGACAAAUACAAGAUAGUCUUCAUCUUUGAUGGACUUGAUGAAUGUCGGUUUCCUCUGGAUUUUCAAAACAACAGGAGUUGCUCCAGUGUGACAGAAUCAGUCUCAAUCGGUGUCCUACUGACAAACCUCAUCUGCAAGAACUUGCUUCCUUCUGCUUUGGUCUGGAUAACUUCACGACCAGCUGCAACAGGUCAAAUACCUCCUGACUUCAUUGACCGAGUAACCGAGGUACGAGGUUUCAAUGACUCCCAUAAAGAAGAGUACUUCAUGAAAAAAAUAGGUGAUCCAGACCUGUCCUCCAGAAUAAUCUCACACUUGAAGUCUUCAAAGAUCCUUCACAUCAUGUGCCACAUCCCAGUGUUCUGUUGGAUAUCAGCUACAGUUCUUGAAAAGAUGUUUCGGGAUUCUGAUGGUAGUGAAAUUCCCAGGACCCUGACACAAAUGUACGCAUACUUCCUAAUUUUCCAGAUCAAGCAAGGGAGUCACAAAUACGAUGGGAUUUCCGAAGAAGGUUUUAAGUCGGAUAACCAGACCACAUUGUUGCUUGGAAAGCUGGCUUUUAAACAACUUGACAAUGGUAACUUAUUGUUCUAUGAGGAAGAUUUGAAGGAAUGUGGCAUUGAACUCAAUGUUGCAUCUGUGUAUUCAGGAGUUUGCACCCAAGUUUUUAGAGAAGAGGCAGGACUGCUUCAGGAGAGGGUCUUCAGCUUCGUACACGCAAGUAUGCAGGAGUUUUUGGCAGCAUUGUAUGCCUUCCUCGUGUUUGUCAACAAGCAGCGAAAUGUCUUCAGUCAGACGACAAAUGCUAAAAUCAUGAGUACUUUAAAAAAACUAUCAAUGCAUGAAUUUCUGAAGUGUGCUGUGGAUAAGGCUUUAGCAAGUGACAAUGGACAUUUGGACCUUUUUCUUCGCUUCUUGUUGGGACUGUCACUUGAGUCCAAUCAGACCCUUCUUCAGGAGCUGCUGACUGAGGUGCUGAGCGAUGCUGAAAGCAACAUGAAAACACGUCAAUACAUCAAGGAAAAAAUCAGGGACCACCCUUCAGCAGAGAAGGCAAUAAGUCUUUUCCAUUGCCUAAGUGAACUGAAAGAUGAUUCUCUGGUUGAGGAAGUGCAGGAAUUCAUAAAUUCACAGGGUUUUUGUAGUGGAAAGCUGUCUCCUUCACGUUUUUCUGCUUUGGCUUACAUAUUGCUGACAUCUGCUGAAGAACUGGAUGUUUUUGACUUGGCAAAGUUCAUUCAUCCGAGCAUGACCUCGAAUGAGGGACUGUUGAGACUGUUGCCAGUAAUCAAAGCAUCUCGAUCAGUUCUAUUGAGGUGUUGUAAUUUGACAGAGAAAAGCUGUGCCGGCCUGGCCUCUGUUCUUAGUUCAAGUCUCUCAUGUCUAAGACAGCUGGAUUUGAGUUCUAACAAUCUUCAGGAUUCAGGAAUAAACCAACUUGCUGUUGGAUUGGGGGAUCUUCAGUGUAAACUAGACAGACUGAGACUUUUCAAUUGUAGCAUUGGUAAAGAAGGCUGUGCCUCUUUGGCCUCGGCUUUGAGAUCAAACCCGUCUUACUUAAUUGAACUUGAUUUGACACACAACAAUCCACACGAUACAAGUGUGAAAAUGCUUUCUGAUGUGCUGACAGAUACAAGCUGUAAACUGGAAACAUUAAGGUUGAUAGGCUGUGAACUGACGAGAAAAAGCUGUGCUGCACUGGCCCAAGUACUUCAGUCAUCCUCUACAAGCCUGAAACAUUUAUAUUUAAGUUUGAACGACCUUCAGGAUUCAGGAGUGGAACUGCUCUGUGUUGGCCUAAAGAACCUUUCCUGCAAGCUUGAGAAACUGAGUCUAUCAGACUGUCAAAUUACAGCCAUAGGAUGUUCUGCAUUGUCAACUGCUUUAAAGUCAAACCCCUCACACCUGAGAGAGCUGGAUCUCAGCAUUAAUAACCUCACAGACUCAGGAGUAAGGGAUCUGCUCCCUGUGUUUGAAGACCCACGUGUUCGUCUAGAGAGAUUAUGGCUGAAUAAUUGCAAUCUAACUCAUGAAAGCUGUCAGAUGUUGGGUUAUGUAGACACAUCUAAACACUCGAGUCUGAGAGAGCUGAACCUCAGUGCUAAUGACCUGCUUGACUCAGGUUUAAAGCAGCUUUCAGUGGGAGUGUGUCAUCUUCUAUCAGGACUGCAGUCACUGAGUGUUACAUAUUGUGGGCUUACGGCACAGGGAUGUGCUGUUCUGGCAUCAGCUCUCAGCUCUAACCAAUCACAGCUAAAAGCACUGGAUCUCAGAGGAAAUAAACUGUCAGAUUCAGGAGUUAAACCGCUCUCAGAUCUGCAGGAGAAUCCACACAGUAAACUAGAAAAACUGGAGUAAG